UUAAAUUUGGCAUUGCUCUUUGAGAUACUUGAAUACUUCUACACUAUAUAAGUCUUGAACACAGUUUGAAUUGAAAAGCUUUCUACGUUUCAAUGACGGACAGAGAAGAAGAGGAAGCAUUAACAGAAGAUUCGGAAAAUGUGGUCGAAGAAGAUGUUGGACAGAUGGCCAGGGGAGAAGAGGAAGCAUUAACAGAAGGGUCGACAAACGUGGUCGAGGAAGAUGUUGGACAGAUGGACAGAGGACAAGAGGAAGCAUUGACAGAAGAGUCAGAAAACGUGGUCGAGGAAGACGUUGGACAGAUUGGAAGAGACCAAGAGGAAGCAUUGACAGAAGUUUCGAAAAACGUGGUGGAGGAAGAUGUUGGACAUAUGGAGAGAGAAGAGGAGAAAGCUUUGACAGAAGAUUCGGAAAACCCGGUGGAGCAAAAUGUUGGACAGAUGGAUAGAGAAGAAGAAGCAUGGACAGAAGAGUCGGAAAACUUGGUCGAGGAAGAUAUUGGAUAUAUGGACAGAGAAGAAGAGGCAACAUUGACGGAAGAAUCGGAGAACUGGGUCGAGGAAGAUGUCGGACAGAUGGACAGAGAAGAAGAGGAAGCAUUGACAGAAAAUUCAGAAAACGUGGUCGAGGAAGAUGUUAAGUCGAAAGUGUCGGACGAAGAUAACCAACACAUCUCAGGAGGGAAAGGAGAGGAAGCAUUUCAGUCGUUGACAAACCGGUACUGUGGAAAUUGGGAUGUUUUCGGAUUAAAUAAGGAGGAGCUGUACGGAGUUGUAUACGAUGGCGAGUUUGACGAUGGACAAUACCAUGGUGACGGCACACUUACAUAUCCAAUGGGACAUAAGUUUUAUGGGACGUGGUGUCAUGGUCGACUAAUAAAUUACAGGUUUCAAUUUCCCGAUUCGCUUGAAUACGUGACCGACUGGAAGUAUUGCAAAAUGCCUGAUCGAAGAUAUUUUGCUUGUAUACAAGAUGGGCUUCGCCCAGCCGGUAGAUCGCUGUUGACUAAUGAUGAACCUCCUCCGAGACGAAUUCCAGAAGGUUGCUACGAUACGGGUGAUGGAUUUUAUAAUCCAAAAACCAAAUGCGUCAUGUCUGCAAUACGUCCUGGACACAUUAUACGGAUUCCCAAAAAGUCAGAGGAGGCCUGGAUAAUGCCGCAUUGUCGAAAAGCAUGGGACCAACCAACGGAGUAUAACCCGAAAUUAUAUGAAAAGUGGGUGUCUGGUAGAAAAGGGGAAUGCGAGAAGCGGUAAAUCUCCUUCCCUUACCAAUCUACCGCCAA